CGUGUGGAAGUGUGCGCCCUGGGCCCGUCCAGAGUAGGAUAGUCGGAUACUGAGUGAGCAUUCCGAGAUAGAAGACCACGGAAAGCGCGCCGCGACCCACCGUCAAGCGGGGAGGAAGCCGAAGAAGCGGAAGAAGAAGAGAAAAGAUUCCUCUUAAUGUGCCAAAGUCGUCGGCGUGAGAGACGUGACGGGAGGGUGCGUGAGUGAGCUUAGCGCGCGGUGCGGAAACGUGAAUAAGGGAGGACCUCUUUUAGAGCUCUGGAACGGAAUUGUUACUGAAGUGAGUGAGUAAGCGCAGUUUACGAAGAAGUGCCGUAUUUUAUGUUUUUUUUAUUCGGGCAUACCAUUAUGCUAUGUGUAUAGAUUUUGUAUCAACCUCUGCACAGGAAAACGAUAGACUAAGAAGAUCACUGAAAAAGUGCUUUUUGCUUGAUGUGUUACAAGUGGAAGUGUGUAGCGGCUAUUUGUCUUAUCAUUCCUAUGCGUUGUUUUAAAAAACUAAUCUGAACUGGCCGACGUCGUAUGAAGAAAAGAAUUGAAACAUGGAAACGUUUUGUGCAUUCUGAAGGGAAAAUAUUUCAAGUGAUUGAAGACGAAAAGAUGUGAAAGAGAUGAAUUAUAACACGAAUUUGAUGAAAAAUUGUUCAAAUUGUUUAGAAGGAGCGUUAUGCUAUUGAAGGAAGAAUUCGAUGACGACCAUUUGAGUCUGGUGCUUUGACUUAUUGAUGUCUGUGAGUGCUGAAGAAAUAACAGAAAAAGAUAUUUGAGCUGAUUGUGUUUUGGUCGGCGCUCCUUCGCCCGUGCAAACGCAGCUUCAUCACACCAAUUGAAGCGCCAGCGACGCAACGGGUCGGGUCUCAUCUCGCGGCUGGACCGAGGGAAAGAAGUUCAGCGUUCGCUCGAACCCAACCCAAUAGGAACGAAAAGGCAAACGUGAAAUAAGAAAAAUCGGAAUAGACAUCAUCAGCACCGAACGAGCGAGUGUACGAAUGUAGCACAGUCGAACAGCGCGAUCUCAAUCUGGCUCGUUGGAUCUAAUAAGUCGAAAAAUUAAGCAUUGUUACUGGAAAACAUAUUUGUGGAUAAAUUGUGUCUAAUUCGGUGCAGGAUUUCAAGUGAGAACAGCAGCGCAUGCAAGUGCCAAUCCUGAAUCCGAUAACCAUAGAGAUACCACCGUGAACGUGUGCGGAAUGAUUGUUUCCCGCUCAGGUGUGUGUAUCUGGUGCUGCUGGAGCAGAGAAGAGGAAUAAAGUGGAAAAAAUGAUGUAGAAAACUUGAAGUUUUUAAAAUUUCAAGAAGAGUGAAAAGGAAAGAACAUUGAAGGCAGCAAGAGUGGCACAGUGCGCGGUGUCAAGAAAAGUUCAAGAUAAAGUGCACAAGAGUUAGAGAAGAGAAGACAACGAAGAAGAGUUAGAAACCGACCGACAGUGAGUGAGAAGACCUGUGCGCAUAAUUUGUAUUCGAAAUGUAUGGCCAUAAUGAUUUUAAUUUUUAAAAUGAGCUCUAUCGUUGACUGAAGGCAGCGAAAUAAUAUGUGUAUGAUUGGUGCUGUAGAUUUCGCCGAAAAGACCUAUGGUUACGUUCAGCAUCCAACACUUGAAAGUGCAGUGAAGUUAGAGAGCUAUUUCGAUAUGCGAAAAGUGUCAGUCGUUUGUGAUGGCUCGUGAAGUAAAUGCUCGCGGUAGCAGAAACCAGUUACAGAAAAUAGCUCCAGCAGUAUUAUGACGCACCAUUUAGGUGGAGCUAAGAAUUUGGGUGCAGCAAGCAGUGAAACUAAAGUUCGCUAGAAAAGUAUCUUUUAUCCGACACAAAAGCCAGAUAAAAUGCGGUGUGCCAGUUUUAAAAUUGCCUUUUGGCUGCUAGUCAUACUAGAGUUGUAUGUCGCGAUAGAAUGCGUAGGCGCACAUGGACCUGGGCCUGGACCGGGACCAGGUGUAGUGAUAGGAGCUCGACGAAGAUCUUCAAAUGAUGGUGCAAUGCAAUCGCGUGCCGUUGACACUCGGGUUCAAUUUGAAGUGUUUGAAAAUGAGCCUCGUGGAACGGUUGUGGGCUAUAUUCCAACAAAGCCAGGAUUCACCUAUCGAUUUAAUGAACCACCACGAGAAUUUGUGUUAGAUGCUAUCACGGGUGAAAUUAAAACAAAUACAAUUCUCGAUCGUGAAUCAACGAAAAGUGAUCGAUAUGAUCUGGUGAUACUUUCCAGUCAACCAACGUAUCCCAUCGAAGUCCGAAUAACUGUGGUUGAUGUCAACGACAAUGCUCCGGAAUUUCCGGAACCAAGUAUAGCGGUGUCAUUCUCGGAGAGUGCCAUCUCCGGCACCAGAUUGUUACUGGAUGCCGCUACCGAUAGGGACAUCGGAGAGAACGGGGUCACUGAUGACUACCGGAUUGUCGAUGGCAACCACGACGAAAAGUUUCGUUUAGCAGUUACCACCAACCCAAGCGGUGAUGUUUACUAUCUACACCUAGAAACUACUGGGAAGUUAGAUCGUGAAACUAGAGGCUCAUACAUGCUGAACAUAUCGGCAAAAGAUGGCGGAGCACCAUCACGAUUCGGUUACUUACAAGUGAACGUAACGAUCCUAGAUGUAAACGACAACCCUCCAAUAUUCGACCAUAGUGACUAUAUUGUAUCAUUGAACGAAAGUGUUUUACCCGGAACACCUGUCCUGCAAGUAAUGGCAUCGGACAACGAUCUCGGGGACAACAGCAAAAUAACUUACUAUCUAUCAGAUACGGAAACACAAUUUACAGUGGAUCCUGAAACUGGAGUCAUCUCCACCACAGAACAACUAACGUGUCCGCACCAGAACUGCCAAUCCCUAUCGCGUCCUGAUGGAACAUGUCCCAAAAGUUGCGUGUUCACGGUAUUUGCUCGCGAUCACGGUUCUCCAAGGCAAGAUGGAAGAACGUACGUGACAGUAAACCUCGUCGAUACCAACGAUCAUGAUCCAGUCAUUCGAUUUCAGUAUUUUCCACCAACAGGAAGCUACGCCACGGUAGAUGAAAAUGCUGCCAACAGCUCCGUUGUAGCAGCUGUGUCAGUAGUCGACAUGGAUGAGGGACUCAAUGGCGAUACCAGCUUAAGGAUUAUCGCUGGCAAUGAUCUUCACCAUUUUAGACUAGAAAAAUCGCCAAGUUUCUACAUUGUGCGUGUUAAUGGCGUUCUUGAUCGCGAGGAGAUCGGAAAGUACAAUCUUACUGUGGUGGCAACAGACCGAGGAACUCCACCACGCACAGCAACUGCUUAUCUGAUUAUCCACGUUAAUGAUGUGAACGAUCACGAACCAGUGUUUGAAAAAUCGGAAUAUUCAACCGUACUGAGUGAGUUGGCCCCUCCCGGGACUUACGUUGCCAGUAUCACCGCCACAGAUGAAGACACCGGAGUAAAUGCUCAGAUUUUCUACGAUUUUGUUUCGGGGAACAACAAUCAGUGGUUCAAAAUUGAUCCAUCGUCGGGUCUAAUCACUACUCAAGCACAACUCGAUCGGGAAAUAAACGGCAACAUUGAAUUGAGUAUUUCGGCUCGAGAUGGAGGACCAAAUCCAAAGUGGGCACACACUCAGCUUAAAGUCACUAUUUUGGACGAAAAUGACGAAGCACCACAAUUCUCACAGCCCCGAUUAAACGUAACUUUGAACGAGAACACCAAACCACACACAGUUGUAGCGAUCUUAACCGCUGACGACCACGAUCAAGGUACAAACGGAAGCAUCACCUAUUCCUUCCAUCCCAGUGUUGAGAAAAAUUACCCCGGCGUCUUCCAUCUGGAUACCAUAUCUGGCCAGUUAACCACCAAGAGCAAUCUUGAUCGGGAAAAAGUUUCCAACUACAAUAUCCAAGUGAUUGCGCGUGAUCAAGGCACCCCGCCUCAAUCUUCCACAGCAACGGUUUAUCUCAACAUCGAAGACACAAAUGAUAACAAUCCGGAAUUCUACCCGAAGCAGUACUUUUUGGCUCUUCCAGAAGACACCGCACCUGGAACUUCGGUCAUUCAUGUGAAAGCAACCGAUCAGGACGAAGGCGUAAACGCAUUGUUGUCCUAUGAGAUCAUCACCGGCGGAGAUGGAUUAUUUGUGAUCGAUAGCAACAGUGGACUGAUUACUUUGAGGGGUAGCUUGAAAAAGUCCUCCAAGCCGUUGCACAAGAUUGUGAUAGGCGCGAAGGAUAAAGGUGGACGCCGGGCUGAGAAGGAUGCAGUAGUGGAAAUCAUGAAGGAGUCCAUUAUGGAAGAGAUCGAAUUUGAUACGCUGAGUGGCUAUGAGUUCCAAUUGGUUGAAGACAACGGAUUGGACGCGACGAAUAAUGAGCGCGAGGUUGGCCAAAUUAGAUCUAAAACUUCUCCUUCCGUGCGAAGCGUGGAGUAUUCCAUAAUGCAAGGGGAUCCUAGAGAAAAUUUUAAAAUUAAUGCUCGAACUGGAAUGAUUAGCAGCGCAAAGAAUAUUGAUCGAGAGAUUUCACCAUUUUACAGUAUCACCGUUGCAGCAAGAAAUGGGUUGGCUUUUGGACAAACAAUUGUUAAUAUCACGAUUGUCGAUUUGAACGACAAUGCGCCAAUAUUUUUGCAUGACCAUGAUGAGAUAAAUCUACCCGAGAACACAGCCGUUGGGCAGGAAAUAUAUCUUUCGAAAGCAAAAGAUUCCGACUCGGGAGCAAACAGUCGGAUCACUUACAGCUUGAAUUAUAACCCACAAAACCUGUUCAGGACUUCCGAAACAACUGGAGUAAUCUAUCUCAAUCGACCGAUACUGGUCGAUCCCGGGACCGUUUUGAGUUUAGAAAUAACAGCAACCGACAGUGGCGAGCCGCAGCUAUCGACAAAAAGCACUGUGACAGUAACGAUCGAAGACGUUAAUGAUCACACCCCAGUAUUCGAUCACACAUCGUACGAGACCUCUCUGCUUGAAUCGAUGCCCGUAAACUCAAGGUUUUUCGCAUUGGCUGCAUCUGAUGCCGAUAUCGGGUUGAACCAAAGGAUCUCAUAUGCGAUCAUCGAGGGCAACGUGGAUGGGAAGUUUGGUAUUUUUCCCGACGGGUUUUUGUAUGUGAAAAGUGCGCUAGAUCGAGAGGAACGAGAUUAUUACUCAUUGACAAUAACGUGUACGGACGAAGGCGAUCCACCGCGCAGCUCCUCGGUUCCGGUGAUUGUUCACGUGAUCGAUGAGAAUGAUAACCCACCACAGUUUACCAACAGCACGUUCAUCUUCAGCGUUGCGGAGAACGAGCCGGCGGAUACGUUUGUGGGGAAGCUGACUGCCGUUGAUCGUGACAUUGGACGGAAUGCCGAGCUGAUCUAUAUGCUGUCGAGCAAGCAGGAGGAUUUUACAAUCGACUCGCGGAACGGAUUCAUAAAAACGUUGCACGAAUUCGACCGAGAAGCGCUGGUACAAACGACCGGACAAAAUUUUAUCAUGCUGGAAGCGACCGUGUCCGAUAAUGGAUUGACCCGUCUUCGGGAUAAAGUCAAGAUAAAAGUUUUUAUAACCGACGUGAAUGAUAAUGCACCGCAAUUCGUGCGGGCCCCUUAUAAGGUCCAGAUCUCAGAAGGAUCAUCGAUCGGAACACAGCUGAUUCGGGUGUACACGAACGACGCCGAUGAGGGUCUUAAUGGGGAUGUGUUUUAUUACAUUGCCGAGGGGAACAGCGAUGAGCGAUUCGUAAUUGAUGAUGCUACCGGUCAGAUAACACUCGCCAAGGCCCUCGAUCGUGAAACAGUGUCAAUGUAUAAAUUAACGAUUGUGGCCCAUGAUGCAUCGAUGCAGAAUCGAUUAAGCACCAGCACGACGGUCACAAUCGAGAUACUGGACGAGAACGACGAUGCACCGGAGUUUACCCAAACCCUAAGUCAAAUUGCAAUUAACGAAACCACAUCGAUCGGGACGGAGCUGAUUCGAUUUCGGGCCACCGAUAUGGAUCUCGGUGUUAAUAGUCAGAUUACUUUUUCGAUCGCCGCUGGCAACCGUCGAGACACGUUUCAUAUCGAUCCCAUCUCGGGUAAUUUGUACCUGCACAAAAUGUUAGAUUAUGAAGAUACACAAAGCUACUCGCUAAACAUCACAGCUUCGGAUGGUGGUAACCCACGACUAUCCACAACCAUUCUGUUCAUGGUGAAUGUGAUUGAUUCGAAUGAUAAUCCGCCGAGUUUUCCGAACACCGCAAUAGUGAGGCAAAUCCGUGAAGGCAUUCCCGUCAAAACUCCGAUCGUGACGGUUACCGCCGAAGACCCAGAUUCAGGUCCGAAUGGUAAAGUCUCGUACGAGAUUUCGAACCAGGACCCAGAAAACCGCAAUCGUCAUUUCGGAAUCAACCCAACUACAGGUGUUAUUCAUACGCUGCAUGCAAUCGAUCGUGAGGCAAUCGAUACCUACCGCCUAACGGUGAUCGCGACCGAUCAGGCAUUAGUUCCAUCGCAACGUAUGUCCGCUGAGAAAUUAGUCACGGUCAUAGUGGAAGACAUUAAUGAUAAUGCUCCGGUGUUUGUUUCUAUGAAUGCUGCUAUUUUGUCGAUGGACGACGUUCGCGUGGGUGUCGACAACAGUCCUAAUCCGGUUAUGUACAUCAAUGCCUAUGACGCUGACUCGAGCUCCAACGGUUUGGUGACGUAUGAAAUGACUGGCGGAAAUACAGAUUUGUUCCAAUUGCAUCGAUCGACCGGCGCAAUAACAUUGCGUAAAUCGAUAUCGAAGCCAGAGAUUCGUUAUCAACUUUCGGUCCGCGCAACCGACGAAGCCGUACAAAACGAGCGUAAAAGUAGUGACGCGUACAUUACGAUUCUGACCACGGUUCCAACGAACAAUGGACCAGUGUUUGUGAAAAAGGACAUGUUCGGUAGUGUGUCGGAAAACGAACCCAUCGGUACGAGCAUCUUAACUGUGUCGGCCUAUUUGAACUCGGUGAGUGACAUCGAGUAUUAUGUGACGAAUGUGACCGGCGAUGGAAAACAGGUGAACCGGUUGUUCGAUAUCGAUACCAAGCUGGGAAUACUGUCGACGGCUGCGGAACUGGAUCGCGAAUCCGGGGUGGAGAGCUACGAGGUGGAGGUGUACGCGAUCGCGCUCGGUGGAAUGCCGCGAACUACAAGUACCAAGAUCCGAGUGAAUGUGUUGGACAAAAACGAUAGCCCACCGACAUUUCGUGACGUUCCGUUGGUAUUUUCCGUGUCGGAAGAUUUAGCCGUGGGACAGACGGUAGCCCAAAUAACCGCAACUGAUCCGGACACACUGGGUACCUUGGAGUACUCGCUGGUGAAAGGCGACACCGGAAAGUUCCUGCUGGAGAAGAACACCGGCCUGCUAAAGCUGCGCGAUACGCUAGAUCGCGAAACCGAAGAUAUCUACCGGCUGUUGAUCAGCGUCACCGAUGGCGUUCAAAGCACCGAAACCACCGUUACUGUGCAGGUCACCGACACCAACGACAACCCACCGUCAUUUUCCGAGACGGCGUACUCGUUCGACAUUCCGGAGAAUGCGGCACGGGGCUUCCAGGUGGGCGUCAUAUCCGCCAGCGAUCCGGACCUGGGAACGAAUGCCGCCGUCACCUACACCGUCAUCUCGGACUGGGCCAACGAUGUGUUCUCGCUGAAUCCUCAGACGGGAAUUUUUACGCUGACGGCGCGCUUGGACUACGAGGAGGUUCAGCAUUACAUUCUUGUGGUGCAAGCGCAAGACAACGGGCACCCGAGCCUGUCCAGCACGCUGACCGUCUACUGCAAUGUGAUUGAUCUGAACGACAAUUCCCCGAUCUUCGACCCGAUGAGCUACUCCAACGAAAUUUUCGAAAACGUCCCCAUCAGCACCGAUGUGGUAACGGUCAGCGCCACCGACACCGAUUCCGGAGUUAAUGGACGCGUCCAGUACGACAUUACCGCAGGCGAUGACAAUGAGGAUUUUGAGAUUCUGAACAACGGUACGAUCCGCACCCGGCGAGCUUUGGAUCGCGAGACGAAGGCUAGCUACAAUCUUAUCAUAACGGCCCGGGAUAGCGCCCGGGAGCCGGAAAAGCAGCUUUCGUCUACCGUUCAGGUCACCAUCGUCCUGAAGGAUGUCAACGAUAUGGCUCCGGAAUUUGUCACUCCCAACGAAACCAGCGUGGCUGAGAACAUUCCUCUCAACACGGUAAUAAUGGCCGUCAAAGCCAUAGACCGGGACGAGGGUAGAAACGGAUAUGUGGAAUAUUCCCUAGACCCGACCACUCAAACCCCAUUCACGGUUGGUUCGGCCGACGGACUGCUACGUGUGUCCGGUCGUUUGGAUCGGGAAACCAAAUCCAGCUACGACCUAACCAUAACCGCUAAAGAUCGAGGUGAACCGCCGAAAUCUACGCAAUCCAAGUUUACAAUACAUGUGCUGGACGAGAACGACAACAGUCCGAUAUUCGAUCCGAAACAGUACAGCGCGGCCAUUGCGGAGAAUGCCAGUAUUGGGGCAAGCGUGCUACAGGUUUCCGCCACCGACAUCGACGAGGGCGCUAAUGGACGGGUCCGUUUCUCGAUUGCGGCCGGCGACGACAAUCGAGAUUUCACCAUCAGCGAGGACAGUGGCGUAGUUCGGGUGGCCAAAAAUCUGAACUACGAACGCAAAUCGCACUACACGGUCACUGUCCGGGCCGAGGAUUCCGCCAGUGACACAGAAAACGGCGAGGUGCGCUUCGAUACGGCCAAACUGUCCAUCACCAUCACCGACAUAAAUGAUAAUCCGCCAACGUUUCUGGACUCGCCGUACCUCGCUUACGUGAUGGAGAACGUCAUUCCACCGAACGGCGGGUACGUCAUCACGGUGAAGGCCUACGAUGCCGAUACGCCACCGUUCAACUCGCAGGUUCGCUACUUUCUUAAGGAAGGUGAUACGGACUUUUUCAAAAUCAACGCAUCGACUGGCGAUAUCUCACUGCUGCGGGCGCUCGACCGGGAAAUGCAGGCCGAGUACAUCCUGACACUAGUGGCAAUGGAUACCGGUAAGUAA